CUCUGUUCUAAGCGUUGUUCAAAACCACACUCAUCCUGCUGGUGCGUGACUUUGAUUCAGUUCUGGUUUUGGAUUUUCGAUUUUCAACGGCGCAAGACUGUAGUUACACACAAUCUAUUCUUUUGUUCUUUCUUGGCUCGGAACUAAGUUUUAUUAGGUGAUAACCACUAUUGUAACAAACUAUAAGAGGAUGAAAUACAACGACCAAAACUCACCUACUAGCUAGCGUAGAUGAAGAACAAGUCCCUAUAAUAGUUGUGCAGCUCCUCCUGUGGUGUAGUUUCGUAUAUUCUUUUGUAUCAGAAGAUAUUAUCUCUUGAUGUGUUGCAAGUAAUACCUCGAACGCUCACCCCCUCAUAGGUGAGCCAACUCCUAUCCUAUCCAGUACCUCGUAUAAGAAAAUUGUCUCUCUGGAGUGAGCAUCAAGCAUGGGUUUCUUUUCUGUUUUUUCCCGGUUUUGGAUCGUAUUGUUAACAACUAUCAUUUUUUCGAUCGAUCCAGUGCAUUGUCGUUCCUUUCUGCAUCGGACCGCUACGGCCACGCGACAGCAUGCUAUCGCAAAAGCAGCAGGCAUUGGCACUGCCACUCGAGGCGGCAAUGGGCGCGCAUCCACUUACUUCGCUGGUCCUCCGGAAUCCACCAGAAGUAGGCCAAUGCUGCUAUCUGGGACACGAGGACCCUCAAGAGUGCCAGCUUCACCGAUGCUGUGGCAGAGGCGUUUUCUCUUCGGCGAGCCCGUAAGCGGUUGGACAUGCUACGAUGCGGAAGAGGAGCGCGGAAUAUCGUCUACUUGCAGCAGUUUACGUUCAGCAGUAGCCCCCAAGGCGAAUCAGGAGACACCGUUUGCAGUUGCAGCAUGUCGAUGGGGCAACGUUGGGAAUUUCGAUGUUCCUCAGGACGAGAAUAAGCGAGCGCCUGACGAUUUAAAGUUUUUGCGCGGAUUCGCCAGGAUACGCGAGAGCUACAACGACGAUGCGGAAGCGCGGAGAUUUGGCCAUGACAUCGUCAGUAAACCACCAAGUACGUUAUGGGGGAAGACGAAGAAAAUGAAUGUAGUGGACAAACAAGAAAUGAAUUGUUAUAAUGGUGUAUCUUCAACAUCAACUUUGGGUUCGCCGAUGACGAGUAGGAGUAUGACAAGGAAAUCAAGUAACCAAGAUGACGCUUUUGAAGAGAAUGAACAAGAAGCUGUUACAGGGAAGGAGAGCGUCACGCGAUGGUGGUUGGAACAUAUCAAGAAGCGUUUGCUAAAACAAGAAGCGACAGG